AUGAAUUCGGAGGACCUUUCCUCAGAGGUGGCGGGAGACUACCAUUCACAAACACGUACCUAUUUCCGCAUGAAUUCGGAGGACAUUUCCUCGCAGGUGAUGAGCAGUCGCUUCCUGCCGUACGAGACCUUAGUGACCGACGCUGUCCUCAGCCUGGAUGAAGACACCGUGUUGUCCACCACAGAGGUGGAUUUUGCCUUCACCGUGUGGCAGAGUUUCCCAGAGCGGAUCGUUGGUUACCCGGCUCGCAGCCACUUCUGGGACAGCAACAAGGAGCGCUGGGGCUACACGUCCAAAUGGACCAACGACUACUCCAUGGUGCUGACGGGGGCCGCCAUCUACCACCGGUACUACCAUCACCUCUACACCAACUUUCUACCCACGAGUCUGAAGGGCAUGGUGGACCAGCUGGCCAACUGUGAGGACAUCCUGAUGAACUUCCUGGUCUCUGCCGUCACCAAGCUGCCGCCCAUCAAGGUCACACAGAAGAAACAGUACAAGGAGACCAUGAUGGGACAGUCUUCGAGGGCUUCCCGCUGGGCCGACCCAGACCACUUCGCCCAGCGGCAGACCUGCAUGAACAAGUUCGCCAGCUGGUUUGGCGCCAUGCCGCUGGUCCACUCCCAGAUGAGGCUGGACCCCGUCCUGUUCAAGGACCAGGUCUCCAUCCUGCGCAAGAAAUACAGGGACAUCGAGAGGCUCUGACAGGACCGGCGCCCCCUCGCGGGAGACCCCACGCAGGGGGAGGCGCGGGAGAGAGACUCAGUGGAGAGCAGAAGGAGUAGUAGGACUCCAGUGGGGUGGACGGGGGGGGGCACUCUGUCUUCCACUCAGCACAUCGCCAACGACCACAGCGCCAGGACGUGACGUGUGGAGGGAUGAAUAGGAAACAAGCAGAUGGCGUUUGGAUACAAAAAACUCAAACAGAAAACGCAAACAGACAGACAGAGAAGAGUACACAAACUGAUGGACAUGCCAAACAGUCCUGUAUGUUCUGCAAACGUGCAAACACGCAGCGCACACUACUGACGACGAGAACUCUUGGAUAGAAUAUUUUUUUGUACAACGCGAACAAGCACGACAUUGACUCUCCUGCUCUCUCGGCACAUGUGCAGGACGGUAGAAGAGGGAAGGUGUACACAAACCUGGCAACCCCGCCCACCUACUGAUCGCCCCUAGCAACCCUCCCCCUUGCCUGCAUCAGGAUGUAAUACUGGACUACCCAAACCCCUGCCUCAUAUCCCACGAAACCCUGUUCUUUAGUUGAUUUGAUUUCUGUACAAAUCAGCUCUCUGGUGUCACUGUUGACUCUCUUCUCUCUAAGAGGUUUCAAAUCAGAGCGUCUUCAGUGUCGUAUUUUCAUUCUCAAAGCAGAAACGUAAACAGCAGUGUCCAACCUGUUAUUCAAGUGGCCCGACAAGGUUUCUUUUAUAGCAAAGCAGCCAUUAUUUCUUGAAAUUCAAAAUACAUCCUUGAGCCUGAAAACAACCCCCCCCCCCCCCCCCCCCUCCUCGGCUCAUUCCUUGAUGUGCUGAUAUGGCUUUUAUAAUGGUCCCUCCGCUGCCCCGUUAUCACUGGGUUAAGUUAGAAAAACAUCUACUUUCAUAUCCCAUUUUCCUCUCACACUUACCGCGGCAUUUGUACUUUUCUCAUCUUUUUUUUCUUUUCACUUACUUUCAUCAUCUUUUAUUUCCCCCUCCAAACUCUUUGCUCGUAUGCGCGCGCGUGUGUGAGUGUGUUUAUGUGUGCGUGCAUGUUGUGUGCACAGAGCCUUGAAAAGUUGGCUCAUCCAACCAUAAGCUCAAGCGGGAUACAUUUUCCUUCCGUUGGAAUGAGCGAAAUGAACAUUUCUAGAUGAAAUGGAGCAUAACGUUGCUUUCUAACCCAAACUUGUUUUUCCCAUUUAUUCUUCCUGCAUGGCCUCGCAGCACUAUCCUUACAGGGAGGGAACAGAAACAUUUCAGUCCAUCGCAGGUCUUUAGUGACCGGCGUCAUUUCACUGGAGUGCUUGUAGAGAGAUUCCGUUUUUAAACGCUGAGCGCAUCAGUGCCAUUCUGUCAUCAGGGUCUGCCUUUAAGAAUUGUUUAUUGCACAUCACGUUGCCUACAUCAUUUUGAGAUGCCUAGACGCUCUUGUGUUGAAAUAUUCGAGUCAUCAGUCCAAUCUGGCUCUCCUGCCAUCACAAUUUUUUUUUCCCCUGUGACAUAUAAGAGGACUUCGGAGCCAUUACAUUGACAAAAGGUUUUCUCCUCCAUUUGUCAGACAGAGAUAUGUUUGGGCUUCAAUUAGGUAAAGCUAUUUCAUUUGGAGUGCAGUUUUAUUCCCGGGAGACAAGCUGUUGAUGAAACACUCUAACAUUAGAGACCGAUGUGAUGUGGAGGCAGUGACCCACAAACAUGACCUGCUGGCUGAUGCUAGCCUUGGGAGGGGGUCUUUUUUUCCCCUUAUAACAUCUGCUCAUAUCGCCCAUAGUAUCCCCGGCAAACCGCCUAACAUUUUGCACCUUAAAUUACCUUUAUUGGUAUUGGACAACCAGAUCUAAAUGCUUAAAUUACUAGCUUCAGCGGCUGUGAGCGCAGGCGACUCUCACAUUUAGUUUGCAGACACAUAAAUGAAAGCAGCAUGCUUUUAGUGGCCUUUCUGUCAGGCAGGCAUUCAGCGUAAUGUCUGUUCAGUGUGUUAAUCAUUAGCUUACAUCAACAUUUUCAUUAUCAGUGUCACACAUGUUUUACUUUGGUUUUUAUCUGUUUACGAAUAGAUUAUAUGAAAUGUAUUGUCAAGCCUUUUCAGUGUCAACAAAGGUGUCGUUCAUGCUAUGAAGUGUCAUAUCCAAAUGCUGACAUUGCUCGGUUUUCAGCAUUUAUCAAACAGCAGGACUAUCAUGUAUUUUUUUUCCCUCAUCAUUGCAUUAAAUAUCGUUUGUGUAGUUACGUUCUGUGACUUCAAGUUUGGAGUGUUAGUUGUUUUGCCAGGAGAGAUUUACGAGUCACAGCAGUCAACGUUCUCUCAUCUAGGGUACAGAACGUGAUUCUGGGAACAACACACUCCUUACUCUGUGUGCAUCUGGUUCCUAUUUCUCCUUCUUUAGAAAACCAUAUUGUUCGAAUCCAAAUCAAGCCUUUCAUGUCCGAUCGUUUGAAUCACUGUAUGUGGAUCAUCUCAAGCGUCCCCCAGCUUUGCAGACAUUUCAAACGCAAAGCACAACGCCCAUUUCAAAUCCAUGCGCCUCUCAGCACUGUAUAUAGGCAUAUAUUUAUUUUUUGAAGAAAAAAAAAAAAAACAGUGUACGAUUUGAGAUGACGUGGCGCAAACAUAAGACUGACCCUGGAUCACUGAGGGGGGGUAGUGGUAUUUAUUCUGAUUAUUUUCUAUGCGCUGCACAUUAAUCCACAAAGAUGCCGAUACACAGCUCGUGUUAUGUUUCACUGUGCAUUGGUUUUCCAGGGAAACUUACUCACACUCUUUCUCAAACCCAACUCCCCAGACUUGAGUUUUAACUCUAAAAGAUUGCAUACACCAGCGAUCUAGAAUUGGAUUGGGGCGCUCAAUCGUGGCUCUGCGCGGGAGUCAAAUUGCAAAGUCCCCUAUAAAGACUACGCCAACUGACACAUGGAAAAUAAUAAGCAGCUGGGUCCUCUGAAGCAGAUGGAAACAUUUUGAGAUUGUGCUGUAACAUCUUCCCCUCAUGCAUUACAGUAAUGGGUCUGAGGCUGUACACACUGUGUUUAAAUUGCCUCUUUCAAAGCCUGCUUUCGGGUCAGAUAACAUGGCAACAGAGACCUGCUCCAUCCCUCAGUUGGUGUGCUGUACAGUAUAUCGAGUCCGCUGCUCCAUCAGAGUGUGACGGAUGUGAUUUAGGCCACCUGGAAAACCUCUGCAUCCGCUUACAAAGCCUCUGUCACCUGAUCAGGGGGAACAUUAUGCAAGUUAUCAUUGUUUGCAUGGAAACAGAUGGAAGAAGGUGUACCCGAAAUGUGCCAGGCAGUUGGUGUUUAUAGUGUCGACAGCGUGUGUGCUGGAAACUAGUCUGUUCUUGAUUUGUGCCUUUUUAUCAACAUGUGAGUUCUUGAGAUGCCGAGCUCUGUCUGUCCGAGACGCCUCCAGCAGGCGGGCAGCAGGGCCCACAGCCCCGCAUUCAUACACUGGAUGAGUCACAGCUUCCAUUCCCUUAUUCCAAAACCCUGUUUUCAUCUUUGUGUUUGGACACUGUUGCUAAGGCGACAACGUAUGACCACUUCCUGUUUGGGAUUAUUUAUCAGAGAUUUGGCUGUUUUCACUUUACCAAUCAGCAGUAAGAUCUGUUGAUCCGUAAGGACUCAAUCGAGCCCAGCUGUCCCGAUGCCUUCUCCUCCCUCCUACCAUGUAAUUAACAGAAGACUUUUAUAGAGGUCACAAAUGAAAUAGGUAAAUGCCAAUUUUGUAAGAAUGAUUUAUAAAAAAAUAAACUCAUAUUUGAUGAUAA